GCGCUUUCUUUUUCCCUCCCUCUCUUGGCAGGCCUAUAGUAGACAGAGAUCACCCCAAUCAGGAAGUGUUGGAAUCAAGCUUAUCGGGAUAGAGUUUAGUCUUUGUGGUUGACUUUUUCUGGUUUGACUUUUUCCUCUUCCCUUCUGGAGUUUGCCCCCCCUCCAAACCCUGGUUCUUGGCUGCCUCUCCGAUCGCGUGAUAUCACAUGAUUGUUAUCGCGGCAUUCAUUCUGUUUCUCCCCACGCGUUUUCCGCCCGUUACCAUACCGUACGGUGAUACCGGCCGGAGCAGAGUGGACACUCGGAGCCAGUCUCCGACCCGGCUUCACCCGUGCCUUACCUAGCCUUUCCGUGUGUUCCUCUCAGCUGAACGGAGCUAGCUCGCUACAGUCAGGCUCGAACGUCCCUGAUAUCUAUUCUUAUUCGUCUCGACUCCCACCCCGGUUCCCUCUCCUGUGAUUAUGCAUGAGCUUUUGCUCUUCGCCUCGGUCCCCGCUCACCAGCAUCAUGAGCUUCUCCAACAGCUGGCCGGGUUGACGGCCAUGCAACCCCGUCACCGCUUGGAAAGGCGUUUAAUCUUCAAGGCCUACCGCAAGCCAGGCUUGAUGAACACCCGGGUUGGGGCCAGUCAAGAUCUGCAGGGUCUCGAAUUGCAGCGCCUGAAUAAAAUGCUCAAUGGAGGCAUGUUCUACACGCAAGUGGUCGGGCCCGUGGCCGAGACCGAUUUUGGCGCGAAGCCUUCUUCGUCCGGAGAUGCACAUGUCUCCAUAUCCGGGUUGGAGGAUCAGUCAUCGCCGCCAUACAGCUACGAGGACCAGCCUUGGAAACUCGAAUUCAGAGACAUCCCCGAGGCUGGCACCCGAUCCGCGGUAACUGCUCGGCUGAUGGCUAGUGCAACUCUACCCAAAGGUGAUAUCACGUCUCCCAUGAAUGCCUGGGGUUACAGCUUUAUCACCGAGUAUGUGGUGGAGGGCGAUGUUUUUGUCCUUAAUGACAUCGUUAUCUUCCUACACCGUGUCCUGCUCUACCCGACUGGGGCGCAGGAGUCACAUGGACCUCGACGGCAGCUGCCUGCUUAUCGGGAGCUCUCACCGCUGGAACGGACCGGGAGCUAUGUCCUGCAGGCCGCUAUCACUGUCCAGGAUGGUGGAAAUCAGGAGAUGAUGAGGACGGCUUCGCAGCACUUGUUCGGGCUUCGCGAGCAGCUCAAGUCAGCCGUUCGUCUGGAACAGGCCGACCGACUGUCUCUUGACACCCGAGCGAAGUAAUGAUGCAACAUUGCACUUCUCUUUAGCAUUGCUAUAUACCCCGGAGCAUAUGGCUCUCAGUAGAUGAUCAUUUCGAAAUCCCAAAUAUGUUUCAAGGAGCCUAUUAUAAAAGAAACUAGUAGUUCUUAUCUGAGAAGCAAGCCAGAG